AUGACAAUCAAGAACAAGUAUCCUCUACCGCAAAUUGAUAACUUAUUCGAUCAACUUCAAGGAAAAAGGGUGUUCUCGAAGAUAGAUCUACAUUUGAGAUAUUGUCAACUGAGAAUUAGAGAGGAGGACAUACCAAAGAUGGCUUUCCGUACUAGAGAUGGGCGCUAUGAAUUCUUGGUGACAUUCUUGGAUCAUAUAGUGAGUAAGGAUGGAGUUAUGGUAGACCCAAUCAAGAUAAAUGCAGUAAAGAACUGGCCUAGACCAAAGAAAGCAUCUGAAGUGAGAAGCUUUCUUAGUUAUCUGGCGACUAUUGGAGUAGCACCGUAUGAGAUGUUAUAUGGUCGCAAGUGUAGAAGGCCAAUACAUUGGGAUGAGAUGGGAGAAAGUAUGUUUCUUGAACCGAAAUCAGUUCAAGAAGCAAAUGAAGCUAUUGCUCAGAUUAGACCACGGAUGAUUACAUCUCAAGAUCGGCAAAAGAUUUAUGCAGAUCCCAAGAGAAGGGAUAUAGAGUUUUCAGUUGGUGAUUAUAUCUUCUUUAGAGUAUCACCAAUGAAAGGAGUUAGAAGAUUCAUAAAGAAAUGGAAGUUAAGUCCCACAUUUGUAGGCUCGUUUGAGAUUCUGGAAAUAAUUGGGCAAGUGGCUUAUCGGCCAGCAUUGCCACUAACACUGCCAGGAGUGCACAAUGUAUUUCACGUAUCUAUGUUGAGAAAAUAUGUGUCAUAUUCGUCUCAUGUUCUUAGGUAUGAGACCUUGAGCCUACAGGAAGAUCUUUCAUAUGAGGUAGUGUCAUUACAGAUAUUGGAUAAGAAGGACAAAGUGUUGAGAAACAAGACAAUUCCAUUGGUUAAGGUUCUGUGGAAGAGUAGUGCGGUGGAAGAAGCCACUUGGGAAUUGGAGUUGCACAUGAGAGAGAACUAUCCAGAAUUGUUCAGGAAACCUUUGUGA